GACGUUCCGUCGGAAACAAUUGGUCUAAUAAACGAAAUCGUCGCCACGAUGUCACAACAAGUCAUUUCCGAAGUACGGCGUGAUACAAAGUCCUCUCCAGGAAAUCUCUCUUCUCAGAGUUCCCCGAGACACGCGACAUUUAUCGCGACUAACAGCGGGCAAGACAGUGAUUCAGAAAGUCAAUCAAGUCGCGCGGCAUCAGAGGCUGACGACGACGAGCCAAAUAACUGGGACAGGGACAGAGGCCCGGACAUUUCAGACAACAGCGAAGGCGCAUCUAAUCACAGUAGCAAUCCAAGUACAAGCUCAUUCUCCACGGAUCAACAAUUUUACCGUCCUGAAAAGGCUACCGAAGUGGGCUCUGAUUCUGACUCUGAUACCGAUCACUCUUCGAUACCAUCACAACGCUCAAGCGAUAUUGAGUACGAAGACGAAGCCGAAAAAGUACCCGGUCGGCAAUAUAACAGCAGCCCAUCUUUAUUCAUCGACCCGUCUCCUGGUGUGUUCGCAAUAUCGUCAAAUGAAUCUUACAGUGUAGUAGCCACCGAAACUGGAUCACAGCAAGGGUCUACAACGCUUGUAUCUUCGAAAGAAGAAAGAUAUACAUUGGCUGAGGACUCGAGAUAUCUGCUUGCGGCCCAUUCCAAAAGAGACAGAACCGUGCAGCAAGUCAUGGCCCGUUUCUCCGCCCUUUAUAUUUUCCCGAUACUGGUAGCUGUUCCACUCACUCUUCUCCUGUCUCUCAAUACUAUUCUUCUCACUCCAUUAUACAAUACGAUUCCCUUGAGCCUGCAUAAUGUCACCCUCUACGCAUUGUAUACUGCUCCACCAACUCUGCUGUACUGGGCUAUGACGCUCGAGCGGUCCGCGAGAGAAGUUGUAUCGGCCAAUGUGUGCAUUAGCCUUGCAGCUCUAAAUGGAGACUUGGUCGCCGUCCUAGGAAGAAGGCUGGGGAGCUUGAUGGGGAGAUUGGCUGGCCCAGAAUGGGGCGCUUGCUUUGCAAAGGCUAUUCUAGGCUUUGGUGCUGUGGGGGGAGGAUUGAUAUUUGCGCUUUUAUGUUUUGAUCACAUCCUCCCGAUUACUCCGGCUAAAAGUUUGGCUGGCCGAAUUCGAAAUUUAGCCAAUAUCUCUGCUAGAUCAACAGCGUUUAUGUUGCAUCUUUGGUUUGGCCAGCGUCUGCUGGAUAGAAGAUUGUCCGGCAGUGUCAUGUUUCUUACCCAGAGCCCGGAAAAAGCGAUUCUCUUCAUAACACUAUAUCUCACUACAAUCCAUCUCUUUGUUCGCCCUGGGCCAUCCUUAGCCUCAUCCUUGAAUGGACUGUAUGGUUUCAUCUCCGUUGGCUUAGGAGUCGCUCCUUCCAAACGGUCCGAGAUAUCGAAAUAUACCGCACUUUUACCUAAACGAGCUCCUUCAUUCAUUCUCUUUCUCCGACUCCCUCUCCUUGUCUUAGCUCUACGCCAGCAGAUCUUCCUCCGACCCCCUGGCCAGAGAACCGAUCCUUAUGUGACCGCCCAUGGAGAAUUAAGGGUGCUGAGCUCGGAACAGAGUUUUACCGGAAGGGUGGUGGUCGGCGAUAAUUUAAAAGACGGGUAUAGAUUUUUGAGGUGUGACCACUCAAUUCUGGGAGGGCGUUGGUUCAGAGAAAGGGAAAAUAAUGGCGAGAAGACAAUCGAAUUGGGGGAUUCGAUUUUCGCAGUGUUCAAUUUACAGGAAGUGAUGACUUUGGCUCAUAGGUCGGAUGAAAAAGAAUCGCUUAUCACAACUUUGGACCUCACUACGGAUCUAAAAGUAACAUCUGAAGGCAAGGAGGAUGAAGAACCAUCACGCGGCUCUCGUUCUAAUAGGGCCUUAGUCAUCGGUCUCGGGGCUGGUAUCACGGCGCAAGGAUUCUUGAGACGAGGAUUCAAUGUUGAUGUAGUCGAAAUCGAUCCAGCUGUCUUCACUGCUACCGAAAUAUACUUUAAUCUUUCUUCCUCCCAUCUAACAUCCGUGAACCUCUUGGAUGGUUCUGUCUUCGUUUCCGAGCUCGCGACAUUAUCUCGUGUCAAUAUCACCGAUCCUUCACUCGAUUCGGAGACGUUGACAGCUUUGGAAAGGUUGCCUAAAUGGGACUUUGUGGUACAAGAUUGUUUUACAGGAGGGUCAGUACCAGGAGAAAUGUUCACCAAAGAGUUUUGGGAGGAUCUGGGUGAAAUGGUAGCAGAAGAUGGGCUCAUUGCCAUGAAUUUUGUCGGACUGAAGAUGAGCAAAGCCUCAAAAGCGGUAUUAGUAACCUUAACAUCUGUAUUCCCACAGUGCAGGGCCUUUGGGGAUGGAUAUGAAGUCAAUCAGGGGCCAAACGAUAUAACUAACAUGGUCGUUUUCUGCACUAAAACUUAUUCUCCAAUACUGACGUUUCGCCGCCCUCGUCCAUCGGACGUCCAUCGCUCCCCUCUACGUUCACAUGUAUUCUCCACCUUCCUCCCCAACGAAAUACAGUUGGACUCGAUCAUAUCUGAGGAAGAUUAUCAUGAUACUCUUAUGACGUUGAGAAGGGGGGAUACAAAAAGGUUGGAUUACUGGCAAAAGGAGACAGCUAUUGCUACUUGGCGCGCAAUGCAGAACAUCUUAACUCCGGAGAUGUGGAUGGCUUACUGACUGCAGGAUCAUAAAAUUGCAUGAAAUUACUGUACAGAUAUAGAUGUACAUAUACUUAUAUAUAACAAGAGUGAAAUUUACAACCUUCACCAUCAUUGGCGCCUAACAUUUGUCGAUGUACAUUAUCAAGACAAGGACUGAACUCCUUCGUUUCGCCAUACAAGGACAGAGCAGAUUCCCCCGCUCAAUUGAUCUUCUUCGAUAAUAAGGCCUUCAUAGCCUAUAAGCCCUGGUUUUUCGGACGCAGUCAGCAUCAUAUGCCUAGAGGAAGCGAAGUCACUCACUACUCUCCCCAACGUUCAUGACGCCAUCUAGGCCACCCUCUACGACUCUAUCCAAAACCAUCACAGGUGGCUCCCCCGACCUUUUUUUCUUAGUACUACCGGCCCCACUUUUGGAA